AUGGGGUUUGGCGACGGGGAGGGGGCCGCUCGGCGUACGCUGGGGAUGCGGGAGGAGGAGAGCGGGCCUCCCGGCGAUUGGGGAGAGGGAGCGAAGAGCUUUGCAACGGACACCGCAGGAAAGCCUGCUUUUGCAUUGAAGACAGCUCACCAAGAAAGGACUUAUGCGAUGUUUAGAGAGCACGACGGUUUAAUAGGAGCGGAUAGUUUUCAGAUAAGUGCUUUCCAUGCGGGUUUGUUUGUUUUGUUGGCGGUGGUGCUUGCGACGUACGCAAAUGUCUUCGUUUCGUUUGCAUUAUUCAAGAAUCAAGUUUCCGUUGCACAAGAUGAGGUGUAUGCCGAGCUCUUAGGAAUGAGGAAUAUAACGGUUACUCUUCAUCGACUCCAGAUGCUAUCUCAAAAUACUUUAGACUAUGAAGCACGCAGCCUAUACACCCCAAGCAUGCUGGUUCCUGCGUAUCAUAGGCGCGUUGUUUCCGCUGUUUUCCACAUAAAUACCCGCCUUAUAAUGGGUUUAGAAUAUAUACGAAGCUACGAUCAGGAUAUUAGGACAGCUACAAGCUGUAUUACGCACACACAAGACCCCAAGCAGCAGCGACUCUCCAAUUGCGCCAUAGAGCAGCUGGCCGCAAACUUGCAUUCCAUUUCUCCUAAGCACGAAGAAGCCCUUCUCCAGGCUCUCCUAAAAACGAAACUUCCUUUAGCAGAAACCCUUGACAGCAAAAUGCUCGAGCUCUAUCCGUCUUCAUGGGUAGCCGUCACCGAACCUGCACAGUUUAUCCACCGUCUUACAACCCAAGGCGCGUUUAAGGAAAUACUUCUCCUCAGUAACGAAUAUGUUGACAAACUCCAACAGAUUCUAAGAGAUUUACAUGCUAAGGACAUCUGGAUGCCAACCAUCAUUACCACUGCCGUUUUUGGAGGAGCUGCUCUCUGUCUCCUUAUAAUCUUCGCCAUUGUUAUUGGCAUCAAGUCCCAGCGAAUAUACGAGGCUUCUUCUGUAUGCCAGUCUGCGGUGUUCUCUUCUGGGAAAAGUAUUCAAAGCAAGAUGAAGGAUUUGUCUGUCUUCUUCGUCGCAUACUUAGAGAGUUUGCUGCUGCCACAAGUCAGAGGUUUUGGCGGGCUUGCUGCCUUGCUGCUCGGCUCCAACAGACUCACAGGAUACCAACAUAAGCUGCUCAAGUUGCAGGAAAAAGCAGCAAUCGACAUCCUCACAACAGCCAUCAACCUCAUUAUCUACAUUGAAACGGAAGUCCUAGUCAAAAAUGAAGAAGGUUCUUCAGUUGACCUGCGAGCAGCAGUGGAGCGCAGUAUCGAACUCUUUCGGCCGAAGGCAGCAGCAAACAAGAUUCCCAUUAGCUGCACAUUUGCAAACGGCUGUCCUUCGAUGGCUCUCAUUGACCAAGAUAAACUCUCCACCACCCUAACCAGAACGCUGGCCUACGUGAUUGACCAUUCGGUGGAGAAGGGAAUGGGCAUCGACGUUUAUGUGAAUGCAAACACAUCGAGCCAGAGACAGUCAAAAGAGGCGAAAGAUCCUUCAGGCCUGCAAAUGUAUGAUGUCCGCUUCGAGGACGAUCCUGACUGUCCGGUGCUGGCGGUGUUUCUGGGGGAUUCGGUAAAGAGCAGCGCCAACCCUUCAGACAGAAAUUCGCGCGCUUUAUCUCCGCGAGAGGUGUUUGCAAAGCUCCUGCUGCAUGCAGCUGAGAACAACAAAGGGGUUAAAUUUGCUUUUGUCUCGUCGGGCUCUCGCCACCAAACCUCCUCAGACACCGCAGAAACCCGGAUAAGCAGAGUCCCCACUACGCCUUCGAAAAGCAUUCGGGCUAGUACUCUGGUGCAACAAGUUAUUUACAGACAACUGGAGUUGCCUCUGAAAACCAGUGAUGUCAUCGACGUCAUCGUCUUGGCCAUGCAGGAAAGAAUGCAGCAGAAAGAAGAAAGGGCGCGUGCAAAGAGCAAGCUGAAGGUUUCCUACAUGAUGGACGUACAGAAGGACUCGGACGAUUAUUCAGAGUCGUUCUCGGAGGAGGACCUUCCUCAGCAGCAGCAGCAGCAACAAGAGCAGCAGCAGCAGGAGCGGCUGCGGAGUCCUUCAGUUAAAGGGCCUAGUGGAAGGAACCGCAGCACCUUAGGAGGCAACCUGGCUCAAGAGACCCCCAAGGGGAGAGGCUCGCGAGUGACUCAGGCCUUUCCUCAAGCGAAUAUCAAGCUGGAUGCUCCAUCAAACGAAGAAUCCAGCGACAGCGAGAGCGAAAGCGAGUCAGUAGAGCUGAACGAUUUGGAAGACGAAUAUAUGGACAAGGCUUUCUGUGCUCGAGACACAAUUCCAGAGAGCCUUCGGGGAGAUGUUAAUGCAGUUGUUGAUAUUAUCAAUGAGACGGGACUCUGCAGGCCAGCUCACGAGCUCGUCGACGCACUUCUCGAGCGGGUGCGUGAGCGGCCUCUGUCUGCGUCUCGGCGGCUAGCGAGUUUGGUGGAUGUGAGUUUGGAGUUGGAAGAAUAUUACCGAGAAAUGCCGGGCCAGCGCCUCAUAGAGAAGGAAUUGCAAGAAGCUCGCAGCAAUUCAGCAGGAGAAAUAGACAGCGAGCAAGCCAAACCCUAA